AUGAUUGAUGACAAUAUUAUGAACAAUAUAUUCAAUUCUGCGGCUUCGGAAACAGCAGUAGAACCCAAUCUCGUCCCAUCCCAUCAUCAUCAAAAUCAACAACAUUCAAAAAACUUAUCUCAAUUCAUUUAUUUAGAAGCUGGAGAAGGAGUAGAUGAAGAAGUAGAAGAUUAUUUUAGUGGUACAAGUUCCAGUUUAUCACUUGAUAUAAUGUCAGCUGAGGAUAAUAAUAAUGAAGAAUUUAAUAAUUAUAACAAUUUUAAUGACUUUGAUAAUAAUAAUAAUCAAAAUCAAAGAUUAUUACAACCCACUCCGACAACUACAAAUGAUGAUAUUGGACAUGAAACUUGUUUAUCUUCAUCAUCAUCUCCAAAAGAUGAUUUUCAAUUUCAACAACCAAAAAAAUUAAAUCAUCCACAACCAAGAUCAUCUCAUCAUCAAAUUAAAAGAAAUAAAUUACCAUCAAAACGUCAACAUCGUUUAUCAACAUCAAUUUCAGCCGAAGAAGUUAAACAAUCAAUUAGACAAGCACAAAAGAAUUUACCAUUAGUUCCUAAAAAUUCAGGCUUAACUCAAUCAGAAUUCAAAUUACAAAGAACUCAAUUAAUGACAAUUAUUGUUAAAUAUGUGGCAACGAAAAUUAUGAAUUCGUUUCCACCAGAUGAAAAACGAGGUUCUAAUUCAAAUGAAUUACCUUUAGAUAAAUUUCUAUUACUUAUUACAAGUAGAUUAAAAUUAACCUUAACUUUAUUUAUAAAAGGGAUAAUUUAUUUAUUUAGAUAUAUGGAUAUCAUUUAUUUAUUAAGAUAUUUGAAUCAAACUAACAAUUUUGUUCAAUAUAAUGACAUGGGUUUUGAAUUAAAAAAAUUACUAGUUGGUUGUUUUAAAAUUACCAUCAUUAAAGAAAAUAGAAUAUUACCAAAACAUAAAAGGAUUAAUUUAAAUUGGGAAUUAAUUACUGGGUUAUCAAAUAAUGAAAUAAUUGCAAUUGUUAAAAAAAUUGUAUCUAGAAUGAAUGGUAAAUUAAAUAUUAAACCAGUUGAAGUAAUGAGAAUGAAGAAUGAAAUGCUUAGAUUUGUUAAAAUGGUAACUACAAAUGAAAAUUAA